AUGCCGUCGCCGCUGACGCACCUCCGGGACCGCGAGUUCUACUCGCCGCCGUCCGAGCCCCACGCCGACCGCUUCAUCCCCACCCGGGCCCUCGUGGACCUCGACCUCGCCCGGGACUCCCUCCUCCACGCGCGCCGCCAAGAUCCGCCCACCACCUCGCCCGGCGCCGGCAGGGAACAAUACAGGAGGUGGCUGCGAGCUGCAGGGGGCGACGGGAAGCCGUUCCGGAUGCUGCCCUUCAGGAGCCCUCGCGGCUGCGACGCCUGCGCCGCCGGAGCCUGCGCCUCGUCGACGGCAUUCUCGAGGAGGCCAACGAGCUCGGUACCACUGUACCAGCCUGGCGCGCUGCCGCCGCAUCCCAAGAUAAGAACCUUUGAAGGCCACACUGCCAGAGUGGGAAGCCUCUCUUGGAAUGGCAACAUUCUGACAUCAGGAAGCCGUGACAAAUAUAUAAUCAGCUACGAUGUCAGAGCUGGCUUGGGUGUGUACCAUCUUAAAGGACACAUCUCUGAGAUCGAUGUGCGGUAUGAGAUGGUCUGCGGAUUGGAGUGGAACCGGCACGAGAACGAGACCGUGAGCGCUCAUGGUUAUAGCAAUAACGAGCUAAGCGUGUGGUCCUACCCUUCCAUGGAGAAAGUUGCAGAUAUAAACUAUCACAAAAAGAGAGUUCUUGAGCUCAGACAGGGUCCUGAUGGUUCGACAGUCGCAUCGGCUUUGGCAGACCAAACGCUGUGCUUACGGAAACUUUCUUCUUCAAAGAAGGUUGUCGACGGCAGUGUUCUGUCACUCAAGUCUCAAGAGGCUGCAAAUUAA